GUGUGAGAGGGAGGAAGAGGUAUAAACGGUAUGGUUUGGGGAUGGGUUUGACUAUAAAGUAUUUUGGCGUUUGAAAUAUUGACACGGGACAUUUACCUGCUUUACUGAUCAUGGCUAACUUUGACAUGGUUCUGCAGUGCUGGGGGCCAGUGGAGGCUGACUAUAACAAACACGGAGGACUGGUUCUGAGCCGUCUGUUUGCAGAGCACCCAGACACCCUGCAGUUGUUCCCUAAGUUCGCAGGCAUCGCAGCGGGCGACCUGUCAGGGAACGCGGACGUAGCUGCCCACGGGGCCACUGUGCUUAAGAAGCUGGGUGAGCUGCUGAAAGCUAAAGGUGACCACGCUGCCAUCCUCAAACCCCUGGCAACCACCCACGCCACCAAGCACAGGAUUGCCCUCAAAAACUUUGUGCUCAUCACUGAGAUCAUCUGCAAAGUGAUGGGUGAGAAGGCAGGGCUGGAUGGGGCAGGGCAGGAAGCUCUGAAGCAGGUGAUGGGCGUGAUCAUAGCUGACAUUGAUGUCACCUACAAGGAGCUGGGCUUUGCUGGCUAAACGGUUUACCUCAACGACCUACACCCCCCUACGGUUCUUGAGAGGUCACAGGGAUAGGACAACAACUGGAAACUUACAUUUGAAGCAGAGUUGCUACUAGUGUUUAUACAGUACAUUCUAAGUGCUGGUUUGCUUAUGACUUACAGAAAAACUUAUUGGAAAAGUACAGGUGUAUGAGGCAAAGCAUUUGUGCAAAUUCUACAUUUCUCUAUACAGUAUAUUGCCUUAAUCUGCCCUUUCAAUGUAGUUUGCUUACUGAAUGUAAACUGUUCCUCUAUGCACUAAAACAAUAAAUGUUCCAUCAGAUGCAAAUGAG